GGUGCGAUUAUCGAUGAUGCCGUUCAUCUGACCGAUCAUGAAGAAAUGGAGAUACAGUUGAUACGAACUCUAAUCUCAUCAUAUUUCAAUAUUGUACGCAAAACAAUUCAAGAUCUUGUACCGAAGGCUAUUAUGCAUCUUUUGGUCAAUCAUUCUCGUGAAUCAGUCCAAAAUCGAUUAGUAUCCGAAUUAUAUAAGGAGGAACUAUUUGUAGAUUUAUUGCAAGAGGAUGAAAAUUUGGCAAGCAAGAGGCAAAAUUGUAAAACUAUGCUCGAAGUUUAUAGAAAGGCUUUCGACAUUAUGAAUGAGGCUAU